AUGAACAAAAGCCACGCGACGGGGGAGAGCAUAGUGCCCGAACCUGUACAGCGAGCGGCCCCAGAGGGAUUAGAAAAGGCUCCCCCUGAGAGCGUGCACCCAACCAAGGGCAGCGACAUCGAUCCCCGCAAGGGAGAAAACACAAGCUUCAAGAGCCACGCUACGGGGCCAAGUGUUGUUCCCGAAUUUAUUCAGAAAGCGGCGCCGGCGAAGCUGGAGAAGGCUCUCCCAGAAAGCAUCCACCCGACCAAAGGCAGCGACAUCGAUCCUGAGCCGGUCCAGGAAAAGAUUGCAAAGUAG